AAAAUUACAGAUGCCAAAGAUGUAAUUAUCCUUUUCAUGCUAAUUAAAAAGCCGCGCAACGCAAAGCCUCUUUUGGCGGAUAGACCGAAGAGGCUACGACGACGACGACGACAGUGCAGAAUGUAAGAAACGGCAGCGUUCAGCGACGUCCUUACUCUUCUCCGCCUUGCGCAAUUUUGAAUCUACAUAUCUUCAAAGUGAUUUCUCAUUAUUACACUGUCAGUUGCAAUGAAAGCUAACUCAGGAAUCUUUCAAUUAGAGCAAAUUUCAUUGGAAAAAGUCUUGAGUGGUGCCUCCAGUUAUAAAUGUAACGAGCAGGAGCCUGCACAUCUACCGGAAGUUAGGGUAAAGGAAUUCACUUGCCUAGAACCUCAUCUUGUAGAUGUCUGCAACAGAUCUUGCUGUAGGCCUAUAAGGAACUUGCCUCCCCCUAAAGACAACCUGCAUAACAUUUUAAACUCAUUUUUGAUGAAGGAUGAUUUGGAAUACCGAUUGGAUGAUAACAGCAGCUACAUGGGUUUACUCAGCUGUUCGCCCCCAGUGCGUACAAGUAAUCCACUAGUCUAUGAUGUAAAGUUUAUUCACCAAAACCUAGUUAAAAAGCCCACAUUUGGAAACUCCAUGACUGAUCAUCAUUCGGGGGUGAAAGUUUCUUGUCAUGGGACUUCUGAAGAGAAACAAACCAUAAGGAUUGAAGAUUUUGAUUCUGGCGGUUCCAAGUCUUGGUGUGGGUGCCAAAUUGGGACUUCUCAAUAAUGCUAGCACCUGCAAAUUCUUGGUAGUUUAGGUGUUCUCAAAUUCUGUCCCCAAUUCAAUUCUAUUUCAUGAUGUGGGUGCCAAAUUGCAGUCUUGUAGAUCUUAUUUUUGGACUUCCUGGUUUCUGUAGACAGAAGUAGGAUUUGGUAUGAGAGCAAAAAUUAGGAAAUGUACAUACAGAGGGUUGACAUUUGUAUAUAAAAAUUGUGAGUAGACUUUCUUGGUCUAGAUCAGUGCUGAUCGUUUGCAAUCAAAUUUUCAUGAUUCUCACCAAUUUGGAGGGGCAGAUUUCUAGAUUGAAUCUGUUUAUUUAUGCAAAAUUCAUGGAAACUUGGACACUGUUCAGUUGGUAGCCUAGCCACAACCAGAAUCCACCCAAUCUACAGGCCGUAUCAGCAAUAGACGGUGCAGCGUAAGUUUGCAUAAUCUCCAACAUGGAAUAUGGUCAUAGGGUUUGGGUAUUUCUCAUUUCUUAAUACAGUCAUCACAUAAUAAGCAUCAAUUUUCUUAAAGAAGUAGCUUCACCUAUCCAACAGCCAUUACUGCCCUCAAAACAUAUUGGUCAACCAAGAAGUUAGCAGGUGGAUUACCAACUCCCAGAAAGCAACAUUUCAUAUUCAAACAUCCCUCUCCUUUUCACUUACAGUAUAUAUAUACAUACAUAUAUGCAUACAUAAAUGUAUCUCUAGUAACAUAAACAAAACAAAGAUAUGGCAAAGUUUUCCGCAAGCAGAUGUGGGAUUGUUGCAUUAGUACUAGUGGUGGCCAUUUUGGUGCAGAAGGGAAAUGGUCAGGACACUUCAUGCAUAAACCAGCUUGUUCCUUGCCUGAAUUACCUAAAUGGAACAAAAGAUGUGCCUGAUACUUGCUGUGAGCCUCUAGAAAAUGUGAUAAAAUCAGACCCAGAAUGCCUGUGUUCUAUGAUAAGCAAUGAAGGCAGUGAUCAAGCUGAGCAGGCUGGUAUUAACGUUACUGAAGCUCAACAAUUGCCUGGUAGAUGUGGACUCCAUGUUAAUCCUAUCUCUUGCAUUACUGGUUCUCCUAAUACCAAGACCUCUGUUGAUAAUUCUUCAGGAUUGUUGCUGUUCCCUUCUUGGAGCAUGAUGAUGGUGGCUGCUGCAGCUUUUUCCAUUGUUGUUCAGAUUUUUUGUGUGUAAAACAGCAUGAUAAUGGACAGAUAGUUUUGAUUUUGUGAUGGAGAUCUUGCUUACUCUUUCAUUUAUUAAUUUCCCAAGUAUUCUGAUAAUAUACAAACAUUUUUCUUCAAUCGAAUCAAAGAUGUGCAUCUGUAGUUGUUUGAUCAUAAAUAAAAAGUACUGUCUGAUUUUUGUUGCC